GGCUGGUGUAUUCUAGUAUAAAUAGUCUAUAGAGGGUUUGAAUAUUCAGUAUUAUUAUCUGUGCAGCACACGACCGUUUUCAUAAAAAUUAAUCAGACGAAACAACUUGUUCAGCAUACAAGUCUGCAGUAACAAUAUUAAUGGAUACCAGUAUAGUGGACGAAGCCUCCUCUCCAUCCUCUCCAUCCUCUUCAUCCUGCUCCUCAAUUGAUGAGAUGUACGAUGUGUUCUUGAGCUGCAGCGUAGACACACGCAAGACCUUCACAGACCACCUCUACUGGACAUUAAAACGCGCCAGAGUCGACGUCUUGAUUGCCGAGAAUAAACUAAGAGGACCAGAACUGAUGCAAGCAAUUAAACAGUCCAGAAUCGCUGUCAUCAUCUUCUCAAGGGAGUAUGCAUUUUCCAUAGGGUGUCUUGAGGAGCUGGAGAAGAUCAUGGAGUGUAGAAGAACACUGGGGCAGAUGGUUUUGCCAAUUUUCUACGAUGUUGAUCCUAAAGACGUUGGGAAACAAACUGGUUGUUUUCUAGUCUACUACCAUAGAGUUACAGAUUGGGAAGAAAUGAUGCAGUCUUGGAGAAAGUCUCUAAUUGAAGCUGCAAAUUUGUCCGGCCUUGAUUGUACGGAGAGUGAUGGGUAUGAAGGAACGUUUGCCAGACAAAUUGUUGACGAGAUCACCGGAAAACUGAAGAUCGCAUGCGUAGACGUUGCAGCGGCCAAAAGAUGCUCACAUUCAACUCCAAAGCCCACGGCCCUCCGCUCUCAAAGUCAACAAAGAGUCGGACUCAAGACAAAGAAGUGAGAGUUCAGGUCCUUUCAACGCUACUCUCCAUGUAACUUUUAUCGCGUACUUCAUAGUUUUUAAUGCUUUUUUUAAGGAUUUCAUGUAACUUCCGUAAACAAAACUCAAAAAACUGUUUUGAGUUCUUGGGCAUUCCCCAUUUCGAUCAUCUAUUUCAUACAUCAACAAGAUUUUCUUUGUUUGUCA